AUGAAUCCAGUCAUGUACCCCCUUCCCCUUCCUUUUAGUAAGCAAAGUUGGCGGGGUUUGUUGUCCAGGACACGCCCCCUUAGUCUCAUGACAGACUGGUGCCUAAUGGGUGCGCUAGGCCUCAUCCUGCUCUUCAGCCUGGCCUCUAGCCAGAAAAUAGACCCUUCCAAACACCCCAUAGUCACCACCAACUACGGCAAGCUCAGAGGCAUCAAGAAGGACUUGAACAACGAGAUCCUGGGCCCUGUGGAGCAGUACCUGGGUGUCCCCUACGCCACCGCGCCCAUCGGCGACCGACGCUUUCAGCCGCCCGAAGCCCCGGGAUCCUGGCAGGAGAUCCGCAACGCCACCCAGUUCGCCCCCGUGUGCCCUCAGAAUGUCCACGGCGUGCUCCCGGAGAUCAUGCUGCCCGUGUGGUUCACAGACAACCUGGACGUGGCGGCGGGUUACAUCCAGAACCAGAGCGAGGACUGCCUCUACCUCAAUAUCUACGUGCCCACGGAGGAUGGUCCGCUCACAAAAAAACACGAUGAAUCUUCAAUGAACAAGCCUCGAGACGAAGAUAUUCGUGACCGCAGGAAGAAGCCGGUGAUGCUGUUCAUUCACGGAGGCUCCUACAUGGAAGGCACUGGGAACAUGUUUGAUGCCAGCGUCCUGGCCGCCUAUGGCAACGUGAUUGUGGUGACCAUGAACUACCGGCUUGGCGUGCUCGGCUUCCUCAGUACCGGUGAUCAGUCCGCUAAGGGUAACUAUGGCCUGCUGGACCAGAUUCAGGCCCUGCGCUGGCUCAACGAGAACAUUGGCCACUUCGGCGGAGACCCAGAGAGGAUCACCAUCUUCGGUUCUGGAGCUGGGGCGUCUUGCGUCAACCUCCUCAUCCUCUCACACCACUCGGAGGGUCUGUUCCACAGGGCCAUAGCCCAGAGUGGAACUGCCAUAUCCAGCUGGUCUGUGAACUACCAGCCCCUCAAGUACACCAAGAUCCUGGCCCGAAAGGUGGGCUGCACCUACACGGAGACAGCCGACCUGGUUGACUGCCUGAGGCGCAAGAACUUCAGGGAGCUGGUGGACCAGGACAUCCAGCCGGCUCGCUACCACAUUGCUUUUGGCCCCGUGGUGGAUGGAGACGUGGUGCCUGACGAUCCUGAGAUCCUCAUGCAGCAGGGGGAGUUCCUCAACUAUGACAUCCUCAUAGGAGUGAAUCAGGGAGAGGGUCUGAAGUUUGUGGACGACAGCGAGGAUAAUGACGGCAUCUCAGCUGCAGCAUUCGACUACACCAUCUCUAACUUUGUCGACAACCUCUAUGGCUACCCUGAAGGCAAAGACAUCCUGAGGGAGACCAUUAAAUUCAUGUACACAGACUGGGCAGACAGGGACAAUGGCGACAUGCGAAGGAAGACCCUCUUAGCUCUGUUUACAGACCAUCAGUGGGUGGCGCCGGCAGUGGCCACCGCUAAACUCCACGCCGAGUUUCAGUCCCCGGUUUACUUUUACACGUUCUACCACCACUGCCAGACCGAGACACGACCCGAAUGGGCCGAUGCCGCCCAUGGAGAUGAGAUACCGUAUGUGUUUGGCGUGCCCAUGAUCGGUGCCACAGACCUGUUCCCUUGCAACUUCUCGAAGAAUGAUGUGAUGUUGAGCGCUGUGGUCAUGACUUAUUGGACCAACUUCGCCAAGACUGGGGACCCCAAUCUGCCAGUCCCUCAGGACACCAAAUUCAUUCACACCAAGCCCAACCGCUUUGAAGAGGUCAUCUGGACCAAGUUCAACUCAAAGGACAAGCAGUACCUCCACAUUGGCUUAAAACCUCGUGUUAGAGACAACUACAGGGCCAACAAGGUGGCCUUCUGGUUGGAACUAGUACCCCACCUCCAUAGUUUGCAUGAAGAGCUCUUCCCCACCACUACCCGCUCUCCGCCAGGCCCUGGCCCAGGAAGCCACAGGCCCUGGCCCAGAACACCUGUUCCUCGGACCACUCGUCCCCCUUACCCUACCUUUUCCUCUGAUCCGGAGCCCGAGGGUUCGGAGCGUCCACGCCAGGACCUCUUCCCUGGAGACACCCGUGACUACUCCACUGAGCUGAGCGUAACAGUUGCUGUAGGGGCGUCGCUCCUCUUCCUCAACAUCCUGGCCUUUGCCGCCCUUUACUACAAGCGUGACAAGCGGCACGAGAUGCGACGCCACCGGCUGUCUCCUCAGCGGGGCGGACCCGCCAACGACCUGGCUCACAGCCAGGAGGAGGAGAUCAUGUCCCUGCAGAUGAAGCACUCGGAGCACGACGCUCACCACGACAUGGAGCCGCUCCGGCCCCAUGACAUCCUACGGCCCGCCUGCCCACCUGACUACACACUGGCGCUGCGCCGUGCCCCCGAUGACGUGCCGCUGAUGACACCAAACACCAUCACCAUGAUCCCCAGUACUAUCACCAGCAUGCAGCCUCUUCAUGCCUUCAACACCUUCCCCUCCACCGGCCACAACAACACCCUGCCCCAUCCCCACUCCACCACCAGGGUAUAG